AUGCUGAAUCAAUAUGGAGACUCUCCGAACGAGACUGUUGCGCCCCAUCAGAUUACCCACUCUCCCAAUCCAAACCCUCGUCCUCGACGGAUAUCUAUGGCUGACCUGCCGGAUGACGUUCUAAUACCGAUCUUCCGUCAAGUCUUCAAUUCCACAGGCCAACGCAAGCCUAAGACGGGGAUACAGUUCCCAGAGUCAGUUGCCUCUGUUUGUGCGCAAUGGAGGGCAGUGAUGUUCUCCGUGUCGGAGUUUUGGAGCGUUUUGCUCAUCGCUACCGACCCCGAUUCAGACAAGCCCACGCCACUUCGGGGUCAAGUCGAAAAUGUCGCUCCGACCACCGGGACUCUAGAGGCAUCCAUUUUGGAGUCGAUGGACAUUUAUGGGGGGGCCUUGUGCCAAAUACUUGAAUGUGGAACUCCAAUGCUCCCCAAACUCAAUGAGAUCAUCAUUGAUGCGAGCUAUCACAACGGAAAAUAUACAUUCUCACUGGUCGAUUUCGUUAAGCUGCUGCAUAAACUCCCAUUGCUACGCACGCUUCGUUGCGAUAGCGUCGAAUUGGCUCCAUCUGGCGAUGAGCUCCCCCCACCCGACCUCGGAAGUCCUCCACAGAUCGAAGAAGUGGAAUUUACAUACAUGAACGGCAAGGAUAUAGAGGUGAUCAGUUCAUGUUUAGGCCGGCCCACAGUCACCCUUGCUCAUUACAAGCGUUGCGACUUCAGGCGACAGGUCGAACUGUUCCAUACAUCAGGAUCAUGCAUUCUGACAGGGAUGUUCUCAGAUACAGAAGUCCUGAACGUCCUGAAGGACUGGAACGGCCCACAAUGUUCGACACUCCACCUCAAUGAUGACACCUCAUUCUCGGAGGACAUCAUCGAAGCCUUGGCCGGGCCUUUACCUGACGGUAGCUGGAUAUGCCCGAACUUGACUGAGCUCAUUCUUUCAGGUAACUGUGAGGGAGUUACCAACUACCAGUCGACGCAACAAGCCCUUGUGGACAUGAUCAAGGCUCGCUACGCUUUGAAUAACAGCACAGGACUUCUACCGCAAGGACAUCCUGACUAUGUUGUCUCGUCUUUGAGAAGGCUCACGGUGAACGCUGAAGGAUGUGUCAAGGAGAUCAUCGAGGCAGAUCUUGAAUGGCUGGACGCUAAUCUUGUUUCCGUACGUUGGGGUGAUUGGUCAGGGGGUAGCGGGGAGUACCUCAAGUCCAAGUCUUCGGUUGAGGGACCUGACGGGGAGACCUCCGCAUAA